AUGACGGACGCGGACAAGGAGGAGGUUGCCAUUCUCCUCGGCUGGAACCGGGGCCAAAUGAUCGAUGCUUGCGAGGAGGGCAUUUUUGUGAACCCAGCGAAGUUGAAGCCAGACAUGGCUCAGAGCCUUCCUAAGCCAUCUACGCAGAACAUUCCCAGACCACCUUCAGUAGGGCGAACAGAAACAAUUGUGCAGCCUCAACUCCCUGCGCAACUUCCAGAUUUACGUGCCCCACAACCAUAUACGCAGCCUAGCGGGAAGUUUUCAGAAUAUCUUGUGCAUGCACAAGCUCAGCGACCAAUUGUGCAACCCCGACCUGCAUCCGCCCAACCUUCCCAACUCCAAGAUUUACCUGCCUCACAAUUAUAUACAUGGCCCAGCAGUAUUAAAAUUCCAGAACAUGCCGCACAUUCCCAAGCUCAGCGUCCCCGAUAUUCACUUGGUCUAUCACAAAUGACACAAUCACGACAUUUGAGUGGACAAUCAUCACGCGUCCCACCACCGCGCCAAUCACGACCUUACAGUAGUGAGGGGGAAGGUGAUAUAAGUGACGAGGAUGACGAUAGAGAAGAGGAAGGUGAUACUAGCGACGAAGAAGAGAGCGGCGAAGAUGACGAAGAGGAGGAGGAGGAUAUCGAUGGUUACGAUGAAGAGGUGGAUAGCGAUAAUCCCAUUAAAGAGGACGACAAUAGCACGUCGGGUACCCCAUUCUCGCACACCGAACCAUUUUUCGGUGAGUGGGAACGGAACUUGGAGCGGGCUCAACGUGUCCCAGAGCUGACAGCGGUGCAUAAUGCAUCCAAUAUUCAACAAGCUGGGGAGCUAUUGGGGACCAGGGAAGCACUGCAGCAUAACUUCCGUUCCGGUCAACUGAGAGACUCGAGAGCCUCGUCAAACCCAAAGACGAAAGACGGCAGGGGCGGACGCGUGCCCAAAGACAUCUUCAAGCAUUUGGAGUCGUUCGUUAGAAAGCGCAAUGUGGCCGAUGACGAAGGUGAAUUUGGACCCUCACACCCUGAUGGGCGACCAACUCCCAAAGAGUCACCCGUGACACUGAAGACAAUCAGCCAACUAGAUCCAGUCAUCGGUGAGACCUCGCGUCUGCCACCCCCAGCCACACAUCGCAACUAUACUCCGGCGCCUUCCGGAUCCCAUCCCAUGCACAUCAAGCUACAUCCAGUUAUUGGUGAGACCUCACAUCGGCCACCCUUGACCAUGCAUCGUAGCGGCACUCCAGUGCCCAUCAGAUCCCAUCCCAUGCACGCAUCGUGGUACGACAUUGAUGAAAAGGCUAUCGCAGCCGAGGACAAAACUGAGUUGAAGCCUUGGGAUUCCGUACCUCACGAAUAUGAGCGAACCGAGCUGUUUCACAACGAUAUCAACAGCGUGAGGUCAUCCGCAUUCAUGCUGGCAGAAGAAGGCGGAGAUCAAUAUCGCCAGGAUGAUGAAGAGAUGUCUUAUGACGAGGAUGAAAGCGAUUGGGACAGUGUCAUCAGUUCAGAAAGCUCCAUAACUAUGACAGAGACUUCUGCCCACUUCACGAGAUCUGAUCAACCACGGCCAACCGAUAUCGGCCAAUCCGCGCCAAUGAUGGUGAAUGCAGGAGGAACAAACCCGGAUCAGCCAAGCGUCCAACGUUCCGCGUGGCGAACAACACAAUCCAUCCCUAAAUGGAUGAUGCCUGCCGAUAUUCGUUCAAAGAGUUCCACCACCAGCACGACGGCCGCUGGUCAACAAGAUCCCUGGAAUAGCAGCCAAUACACCCCGGCAGGGGCACAAAAUGGCGGCUUCAAUCGGCCUGGCGCCCAACGUCCAGCACGGAUGAUGCAAGGCCUUCCGAAGUUUAGGAUGUUUUGGGAGAGUCCUGGAUUCAACAACGGCGAUAGCGAUAGGAGAGGGUGA